AUGGAGUAUWUCCUUGAAGUUUUUGAUUUCCCGCUUGCUGCUCUGUUUUCUUCACUUGUCCUUGGCAUUUUAGUGAUCUAUCUGCUUUUUAUUAGAAAGCAAGAGACUGCACUAUUCAAAGAAGUUACRGAUGCAGUUGGCCGGAAGAGAGUACAGAUAUUUGAAGGCGAAUUUGAGCRUGGUGUCCAUGACAAGUUGUACUUGUUUGGCGAGGCUGGGCUURGUAACGUCGUCUUCAUCGAAUCUAUGGUUCCACUACAAAAGUCAGAUCUAGUGAAAGCUUUUUCUACUCUAGCUAGAGUUCAUCCUCUUCUACGAAUGAGAUGUGUUUGGGAAGGCAAUCGUCGUUUUUUGACAGAAAUGGAUAAGUUUAGCGAAAAAGAAGUAUUGUUCUMUGAAGAAAACAGCGAUGAUUGGUUGGAAAGGUUUGAACAAGAUUUACAGAAAGGCUUUGAUUUAGCUCGUGGACCAUUAUGGCGUGUUGCAAGGAUUAAAGAAAGCUUUGAUUCCRCAAACAAGAAGUAUACCAAUAUCAUUCUGUUCAGUAUUCACCACUCYAUCUGUGAUGAGAUGUCAGUUUUGACACUGUUGGACCAACUUGCAGACAUUUUGGAUAAARUUCACUUCAACAACUUUGAAGAAGAAAAUGUACAGUCGUUGCCUCUUUUACCACCAUUACUUGAACUUGURAAGCAUCAUACGCAUCUCUCAUGGUGGCAGAAGGUUGUCCUUCAAGUCAGUAACAAAUUACAAUCUAAAUCAAGUGCRCAGUACACUUUCCUUGACAUUSUCCRACCUCCUUUGCUACAGAACCCAUCCAUGAUGGCCAAAACACACAUCAUUCCUGGRUCAUUGACAGAAAAUCAAACUACUUCCUUARUAAUGAACUGCAAGGCCAACAAGUGCACWGUAUCAGGUGCAUUGGGUGCAUGUUAUGCCAUCGCAGUAGGAAAAAUGUUGGCAGCUUUUGAUGAAAACCCUGUCACAAUGRCCCUUGGUUUCCCUGUGAAUACAAGAAAAGGUUGCAAWCCUGUCGUCAAGGAUAAUGAAAUUGGUCUGUUUAUUGGYAUUGUAUUUCUCUCAAUUUCCCUCCCUGACAAUUCAUCUCCASAACAGUAUUUMUGGAACCAAGCACAAAAKAUCUCAGAUGGUAUAAAGAGAGAARUUCAUAGCAACAAACAAUAUUACUUUUGUACWCUUUURCAACAUGGUUUGGCUGGUCCRGUGCAGGAUAUCAAGGCAGCAAAGAAAAAUCCCAAAUAUGCUGGACGAUAUCCCAAUUUUGAGCUAACCAACUGUGGAAAUAUGGCAUUCAAUCAGCAAAGARUGUACAAAGUAAAGAGAGUGCAUUUUGCUGUUGCACAAGAUGUUGUUGGUCCACAAAUCACUAUAUCAUCAAUAUCUGUARGUGGACAACUCCACUACUCCGUGAUUUACUGCAAUGCAGCAAUCCUUGAAGAACAUGGAAAGAAGUUCUCACAGCUUUUUCAUGAAACUAUUMUUGAACUUGCUUGUUGAAAACAAGAUAUCAAAAAAUAGAUGACUAACAUUUUGUUCACAAGUAUUUCUAUUGAUUUUAGACUUUGUAGCUUUCUUACAUGUAAAAGAUUCAAAAAAUAGAUACAAAUUAUUUAGGAAACGCAUAGAGAUAAUUUUGUUUCAAGAAAUAUAGAGUUAUUCAUAUACAUAACCGAUUCUAUUUUGUAGAAAUGAUUUAAAGAAAUAAAUGUAUGGGU